CACACCACGGAGUGGAUUGGCGAAAUUCACCAAAAAUCUGAGGUGUUCGUGCCCCUCCAUCAAACCCAUCAUCACGACCUUUGCGGCGAGUCACUUUUCUGCCCUGUCCGACCGAACCCUCGUCCGACCGAUUUUUAACGACUCCCUCUUCUCAAAGACAUCACCCAAUAUGGAGGACGUUCUCAACGCCGUCUCGGCCGACGGCUCGUCGAUCAUGCCCCGCCUUGCGCCGCACCUGAGCCGACACCUUCUCUUUCCUCUGAUCCAGUUCGAGAGUGAGAGAGCCGAGGAGCAGGGUCAGGAUGCCAAGGCAAAGGAGAUUCUCUCCGGAAAGAUUAAGCUCCUCGAGGACACAAACAUGACCGAUUACGUUGCGACUCUCUACUGCGAGCUCCACGGUGUAUCAGAGGCCCCCGAGCAGUACAACAAGAAGAGACAGGAGGUGCUUUCACAGCUGGAGAAUUACGAGCAAGCCACCGCCAAGAUCGCCGAUCUCUUGACCCAGGACGAGGUCGUCAACGGACUCCGAAGUGACAAGGUUGCCAACUUGGAGUUCCUCAAGAACCAGCACGGAGUCACCAUGGAAAUGGUCAACGCUCUCUAUGACUUCGGUCAGUUUCAGUUCCGAUGCGGGCAAUACGGUCCCGCUGCCGAUAUGCUCUACCAAUUCCGAGUCCUGUCCACCGAUAACGAUAAGGUCUCUGCUGCCACCUGGGGCAAGCUUGCCUCCGAGAUCCUCCAGACCAACUGGGAGUCUGCUGUCGACGAGCUCAAGAACGUUAGGGAAAACAUUGAUUCCAAGCUCUUCAAUAACCCCCGUGCCCAACUCGACCACCGAACGAUGUUGCUCCACUGGUCUCUUUUCCCCCUCUUCAACUGGGAGGGUGCUCGGGAACCUAUCUUGGACAUGUUCUUCUCCGCACCUUACAUCAACACCAUCCAGACCUCUUGCCCCUGGAUCCUGCGAUAUCUGAUCGCCGCCGUUAUCACCGGCCGUGGCCGUGCUCGCAACAGCUCCAUCCAACAAAAGCAGAUCAAGGACAUUAUCCGUUAUGUCCGACAAGAAGCUUAUGAGUACACCGACCCUAUCACACAGUUUGUCAACGCCCUCUACAUCGCCCACGACUUCGAGGCUGCCCGUGAGGCCCUCUCCAUGGCCGCUGAGGUCUGCCGCAGCGACUUCUUCCUUGCUUCUUCCGCCGAUGCAUUUGUCGAUGCUGCCCGACACCUCAUCUGUGAGAGCUACUGCAAGAUCUUCAGCCGAAUGAACAUCCGCGACCUUAGCGCCAAGCUCGGCCUGAACCCUGACGAUGGUGAGAAGUGGAUUGUCAACCUGAUCCGUGAGACUCGAUUGGACGCCAAGAUCGACAGCCAAGAUGGCACCGUUGUGAUGAACCACCCUCCCAACAACGUCUACCAGCAAGUUAUUGAGAAGACUAAGGGUGGUUUCUUCAGGACACAAGUCCUCAACGCUGCUGUUUCAAAGUAGAGACCAUAGCUAGUUGCGAAUGGUCUUUUUAUAUGAGUGUUUUCUUUUUUGCAACGGCUCAAAAGGGCCAAUGCAAUUCAAAGCGAGGGGCAAGAUACCUCGACCAGAGGGUUGCGCCCUCCGUUACCAGGAGGAACAAGAUAUGGCCCCUUUAGUUUAGAAGGAGGCUGAUCUUUGCAGAGGAUGAGCAGGAUAUAGCAAAGCAUAAGACGGGGAGACAAUGAUAGAGCAGCGAGGCAAAAAUGACAAACACGGGCCAAAUGGAAGAAGCGGCGGUUUUAGAGGCCCUGUAUAUCCCCGGUGAUGCGGUUUGCAUUGCAUGGCGUUCUCGGAAAAGGGAAGAGGCAAGGGGGAUAAUGGAAUUUAAGUUGAUUGUUGAAAUGAAAGCAAGCACUCCCAUCAGCUGGGAUGUAUUAUUUCUGUGAAGACCCUCAUAAACGGUUUAAAGCCAUGAAGCUCUCCUUAUUACGAGCUAGAUUUUUGUCUAUCGUUACUCUCGUAGCUCAUAACCACAUCUGGUCCUUUCCUCUACAAUGCCCUAUCCACAGUAUGCACUUUCAUAACUAUACUGGUCCAAAGCUGUACGUGCGUGUUGCCUCACUACAGCCAGUUGUCAAUGCUCGCCUUCACGACUUGCGAGCCAUACCAUGCCUUUCAGGUUCUCGAUGACACUGUCUCGCAUCCACCAAACACCCCCAUCCUCCACUGUAGCAUCUUGAUCAUCUUCCCGUUCGACUUCACGACGUACGUGUGACUCUGUGAUGGUCUCUUGACUGUCGAACAUGUUGGUACCUCGUAGUCGAUCACGUACAGAAGCCCAUUCGAACAGCAACCUGGCUCCCUCCAGACGCUCCCGAUCUGUGCCUUCGGCAAUGCCUUUCGCCAUCUCCAGUCUGGCAUCAACAGCACUGCCUGAGUGCUGAGUGUCAUCACCUCGCUCGAGCACUAUGGCUCGCUCGGCGUAACUAAUACCACGCAGACCUUCAAGUCCAAAGACCCAUUCCAGAGGGUCUUUACCCUUCUCAUCCCUACCAAGUGCCCGCAGGGUUGAAGCAAACGCUCCUUCGCGCGGUGGGCGCCUGCGGAGGUACAGGCUCUGGGUGUCUUGGAAAGCAGCUCUAACCUCUGGGUUAGAGAAGUCAAGCUCCACAUCCCAGAACUGGGGUCCACAUGUGGUUGAUAGACUAGCAAUCUGGUCUAUUGGUGGGAGGAUGCAAGGAGCCGUGCGAUUCAGAACCGGCUCAGUAGAGGUGUUCUUGCGCAUCCUGAUUUGGACAGGAACAGUGAUCGGUUGUCCAGUAAGAACAUCUUUUGUAACCAGACACCGCUGCUCUGUAGCUAGAACCCAGAAAUGGCGAAGAGCUUGGAGAUGGGAUCGAUUGUCCAUAACACUCGUAGGGAAAAUAGGGUAAAAUGCAACCAAUAGAGAAGCAAUAGCAAGGUUGCUGGUGCCAAAAGUUGCCGUCCCGCAUCCCAAGAACAAAGCGCCGAUCGCAAGAUGAGCCGCAAGAUGAGAACCAUAGGGCGUCUCAGGAUCAUCGCGACCAUGAAGUGCACGAAGACGACGUAGAACAGGAAUGUCACCUGUUCCGGCCAUGACAAUGGACGCAGAUAUGGCAACGAUGUCUUGACACAUGCGUGCAUUGGUCCGUGUUAGUUCUUCAUCAUAUGGUGGAGUACCAUUUGGAUGCAUGCUUGCAGUGGAUGGUAUCUGUGCAAUACGCAUGAACUGAUCCAGAUAAUAAAGUAGAAGAUCCCGAACUUUGGGAGAUGCGCUGCCAGAGAAGCGCAGUGCAAUAGAGAAGCAAAGACCAGCCACUAUGCUGUGGAAUGCCAUAUCAGUUGACUGCAGUUUUGUCGUUGACUGUAGCUUGAACUGAGAACGAUAAGGACGUGGUAGGUUCUUACGAAUCCAAGCAAAUGUCGGCUCAAUCUUGGACCACAUGAUCAGGUUCUUCGUCAAGGUCCGCAAGAGAAGAAUAUCAGGACGAAUGUAAUCAAAUUGCAAGACCGAGUUGGGUAUGUCGAUCUUACGCGCGACGAUCUGAUCUUCUGACUUCAUGUAAAUGAGAGCCAGGGCCAUGACAGCGCCAGCAGCUGCUCGAUCCAGAAUAUGAACUAUUUCAAUGUUCUUGGUUGUUGUAGCAUGAGAAAUGAGCUUCUCUGUGAGUCUCAUGUCAUGCAAUCCCUUAAGAUCAUUGCCUUUGCCCAGGUUGAUGAAUCCAAGAGCAAAUCCAGCCGCCAGUCGGUAGCAUUCGCUUCUCAGGGGCUCUUCUUCAUCCUCUUCGUCAAUAUGCUCAAUCUCAGAGAGCAUAAUUUCACUCAUUCGCCGAUGCUGACUGUUGGCAUAUAGCAAACCGAUGCCCAUUAUACCCGAAGUCUGCGUCAGAGGGGACAGAUUCAAUUCUGCUGCUCCACGAGGCAACAUCCUUGUGGCAUGAACGGAAAGUAGACGAGUAAUCAGCGAAUCCAUUGUGCCCAUGUAAGAUGCUGCCAGGCCCAGAAGUAACCCGAUGGAGGUCAUUGUAUGUUUUGGCGUCAGAUAUUUGAACGCAACCCAUUUUGCUACGUCUUUCAGAUGGCCGUUCAGGCCAAGGGCAAGUAGGAAACCAGCAUGUCGAUUGUUGAGAUCUUGGUCAGGUUUGUUGUAAAGAAUCCAUGAUGUGUCGAUACCUUGAGCCUGGGGAGAAAUGGCUAACCCAGCUGCGACACCCUGGUGAAAGAAGCCCCAGCAAACCUUCUCUUCUGAGAACUGUGAUUUGUCCACACCCACCGUGGUAUUUGUUGGUUUUACAAUGCAAUUGAGGUUAAAGCCACCAAUAUGAAAUUUCUGCGUGAUCAGAGGGUAGCGAAGACUGUAGUACAGCAAAGCCCGACCUGCAGGAAUUGCCAAAGUGCCUGUUGCAAUUCUUGUUACGAGCUCCUUUUGCUUCUCAAGAUAUUCGCUCUCUGGCCAGCCUGGAUGGGGAUCAAGUCGAACUAGUCUUGCCUUGUGGGUGGAAAGUAAAUCUUGAGCUUCGUUGAGGCGGCGAUCUUCUUUGAACAAGGAGCGAAUAAUGGCUUGACGUUCCGUUCCUUCACCUUCAUCGUAUCCGAUAUUGUUUGAUUCAUUGACACUCUGGCAAAGCAGUUUGUAGUCCCAAGUUGCAU